AUGAAAUCUGAUGAAAAAGAUCGUCAAGAGUUAAUCGAGUUCUGCAAAGAUGUCUAUCAAGAAAAUGCAACCGAACUCUCCAAAAUCGAAACAUUUUCCAAGGAAUAUUCGAGCAAUAAUGCCAUUCAUUGGUACACUCGUGAUUCGUUUGUCUAUCGAACAUUAAACAAAGCACUACGCGUAGUAAGUAUUAAAACUCUAUUCUUAUUUCGUUCUUUGAUUGGUGAUUUACAUCGACAAUUAACAAGCGAACGAUGUACUUCACCUAUUCGGGUCUAUCGAUUUCAAUGGAUGUCGAAAAAUGAACUGAAUCUUCUUUCGAAAUCACCUGGUCAAUUUAUUUCCAUGAAUUCUUUUCUUUCGACUACGUUCGACCCAGCUUAUGUUCAAAUUUAUUUGGAUGAUAAUGAACCUCCGAAUGCUGAUUCAGAACCUGUUAAAUUCAUCAUUGAUGCUGAUCCUCAGAUGGCGACUGAGAAACCAUUUGCUGAUAUCAGUUCAUUUAGCCAAUUCGACGAAGCCGAAGUACUAUUCAUGCUUGGGUCAAUAUUUCGUCUGAUUGAAAUUCAUCGAGAGAACAAUGGAAUAUGGUCGAUUCAACUGACACUCUGUGGCGAGAAUGAUCAUGAUUUAAAUUCAUUAGUUCAACGAAUGAAAAGAGAAUAUAUGAAAGAACCGGAUCUUUUAGAACUCGGUCUUGUCGUAGGACGAAUGGGAAAGCCCUAUGAAGAAGAAAAAUAUUAUAUUCGAUUAUUGAAACAACUUUCUCGUGAUGAUCCUCUACUGGGACAUUUAUACUAUUCUCUUGGUGUAGCCCUAAUUGAUCAGGGAGAUUAUUGUUGUAGUCUGGACUAUUUGCAGGAAUCAUUAAAAAUCAAUAGAGAAGUUCGGCCUUCAGAUUAUGUUACGAUUGGAACUACGUUGAAUAGUAUUGGAGAAGUUUAUCGAAUGACAGGUGAUUAUCCUCGAGCACUCGAAUCAUACCGUGAUGCUAUGUUAUGUUUUCAACAAGCACAUGAUGAAAACUAUCCGAAACUGGCAUUCAUCUACAAUAAUAUUGGUAUUAUCUACGAUGAACAGAACAAACAUGAUGAAGCACUGACUCUUUACGAAAAGGCUCUCAAUAUACAACUGAAAACUUUAGAUCCUACUCAUCCUGAUUUUAGUGGAUCUUACAAUAAUAUUGGUGUUGUUUAUCAAUCCAAGAAGCAGUUUGAUAAGGCAUUGGAAUAUUAUCAUCGAGCUCUUCAUAUUCAACAGAGAUCUCUUCCUUCUCAACAUCCAGACAUUGCAAUGACCUUGACAAAUAUUGGUCGCGUGUAUGCGAAUAGGGGUCAGCUUGAGGAAACUCGAUUGCAUUGGGAACAAGCCGCCGAUAUCUAUGACCAUCGUGAUCGAUUUAAAACUGGUUUCAAACUUAUUUUACGCCAAAUGGAACGAGUUUCAAUCAAAAAUAAAGAAAUAAUAAAAGAAUUAAGAAAUGAAGCCUUUAAUGAAUGUAAAUUAUCAAUCAAACGUCGUCUUGGGUGUGCAUCCGUUUGUUCUGUUUGUGAUGCUAAAUGUUCCGUGGCGGAGGAAUAUAAAACAGAGCUUGUUGAACAAUUACCGAAAGAUCAUAAAUGUCCGUCUGAGCAAUGUAAAUGUGAAAUAUUUCUUCUUGCAUCUGUCAUGGUUCAUGAAACGGAUCGCUAUAUUGCCGAAGCAUUUCAUGGAGGACGUUAUUACAAAACUAAAAAACCACGUCUAGCUAUUUGUUAUCAAGACUGGACAACUACUGGAAAACAAGUUAGUGAUCAAGAUUUCGUAAUCUCAAAAGCAUAUAUUGUGCACGAAAAACGUACGAAUACUGCAAAAGCAAACCUUGUUCGUUCUGUUAUUCGGGUGCAUAAGCAUUGCUUUUGA